CCUUGUAUGAUCAAGUCCGCCGAGUCAACUCGUACCGUGCCCACUCUUCACGUUCACUUGAUCGUUCCUCUCUUCCGUAGUUAGCGGAAAAUGAACAGGCUCUGUAGGAAGGAAGACAGGGUGGAGAUGCGCAGGUGAGGUGACGAGGUAAGGCGCGUUGUUCUCUCUCAUUUCCGACCGUUCAUCAUGCCCUUCUUCUCGUCUGCGGGGAGUCGUCGGGGCAGCGGCCUUGGCCAGUCCAUCCUGCCAUCAUCAUCAUCACCGUCCGCUAAAUCGUCCAGGCAUCGGAAGCCCCCUCGCAGGAGAAACCCUCUCAAGGACCUCAUCUUCUCCAACAAUCUCAUAUUCUCUAUCACCAUCUCCCUCUCCUUCUUCUUCUUUCUUGCUGUCAUCCUCCGAUACGGCAUACCCAAUCCACUCCAUCGCAAUCCUCGUCCCCUCUCCUCUUCCUCUUCCUCCAGGCUCAGAAAGACCUCCACCAUCAGAAAACCCAUAUCCUCCGACAGGAAUCGCAACGAAGCCGUCGUCGACCUGACAACCAAAGAUCUCUAUGACAAGAUCGAGUUCCUCGACAAAGAUGGUGGGCCAUGGAAGCAAGGGUGGAUGGUGAAUUACAUGGGAAAUGAGUGGGACUCUGAGAAAUUGAAGGUUUUCGUCGUCCCACAUUCUCACAAUGAUCCGGGAUGGAAGCUGACUGUCGAUGAGUACUAUGAUCGCCAAUCCAGGCAUAUCUUGGACACUAUCGUAGAGUCCCUUUCCAAGGAUAGCCGCCGAAAGUUUAUAUGGGAAGAGAUGUCGUAUCUGGAGAAAUGGUGGAGGGACUCCUCAGUAACUAAACGGGAAGAUUUCAUUAAGUUAGUCCAGAGUGGGCAGUUGGAAAUUGUUGGAGGUGGUUGGGUGAUGAAUGAUGAGGCUAACUCACAUUAUUUUGCUAUCAUAGAGCAGAUGAUGGAGGGGAAUAUGUGGUUAAAUAGCACCAUCGGAGUUGUUCCAAAAAAUGCUUGGGCAAUAGAUCCUUUUGGUUAUUCAGCUACCAUGGCAUAUCUUCUCCGCCGCAUGGGUUUCCAGAAUAUGCUUAUACAGAGGACUCACUACGAACUGAAAAAGGAACUAGCCUUGAAUAAGAAUUUGGAAUAUAUAUGGCGACAGAGCUGGGAUGUGGAAGAAACAACUGAUAUUUUCGUUCACAUGAUGCCGUUCUAUUCUUAUGAUAUCCCCCACACAUGUGGACCCGAGCCUGCUAUUUGUUGUCAGUUUGACUUUGCUCGAAUGCAUGGGUUCGGUUAUGAAGCCUGCCCGUGGAGGCAAGAUCCAGUGGAGACAAAUCCCGGUAAUGUGCAGGAGAGAGCAUUGAAAUUGUUAGAUCAAUACAAAAAGAAAUCGACGUUGUACAGAACAAACACGCUUCUUGUACCUCUCGGGGAUGAUUUCCGUUAUGUCAGCACUGAGGAAGCAGAAGCUCAAUUUAGAAACUAUCAAAUGUUAUUUGAUUAUAUAAAUUCUAAUCCUGGUCUGAAUGCGGAAGCCAAAUUUGGCACUCUCGAAGAUUAUUUCCAAACCCUUCGCGAAGAAGCAGAAAGAAUAAAUUUUACCCGUCCCGGUGAGGUGGGCUCUGGGGAACUUGAGGGUUUUCCCUCUCUCUCAGGUGAUUUCUUCACCUAUGCUGAUAGACAACAGGAUUACUGGAGUGGCUACUAUGUUUCUAGGCCGUUCUUUAAAGCUGUUGAUCGCGUGCUCGAACAGAUGCUGCGUGCAUCAGAAAUGAUGCUUGCGUUAAUGCUGGGCUACUGUCAGAAAUCACCAUGUUUGAAGCUUCCUGUAAGUUUCUCCCACAAGUUAACAGCUGCAAGGAGGAAUCUAGCACUUUUUCAGCAUCAUGAUGGUGUUACAGGUACGGCUAAAAAUCAUGUGGUGGAGGACUAUGGAACUCGAAUGCACACUUCUUUACAGGAUCUGCAGAUUUUCAUGUCUAAGGCUGUUGAAGUGCUGCUUGGAGUUCAUCGUGGGAAAUCCGAUCAAAGUCCUGCCCCACCAUCUCCGUUUGAGCCAGAGCAGGUACGAUCAAGGUAUGAUGUCCAACCGAUACACAGACUGAUUACCGUCCCUGAAGGAAGUGUGCAGUCUGUGGUUUUCUUCAAUCCACUUGAGCAAACAAGAGAUGAAAUUGUGAUGGUUGUUGUUAGCAAUCCAGAUGUGAGUGUUUUACAUUCGAAUUGGUCUUGUGUGAAAAGCCAGCUUUCCCCUGAGUUGCAGCAUGACAAUGAACAUAUGUUCACUGGGAGGCAUCGUCUUUAUUGGCAAGCUUCUGUUCCUGCCAUGGGUUUGGAAACCUAUUAUGUUGCCAACGGAUUUGUAGGAUGCGAGAAGGCUAUGCCUGCUAAACUGAAAAUUUUCACUGAUUCCAGUCCACCAUCUUGCCCCACUCCUUAUGCCUGCUCAAAACUGGAAGGGGAUACAGCAGAGAUCCGAAAUUGGCAAAGUACACUUGUGUUUGAUGUCAAGACUGGUUUGCUGCAGAAGAUAAGCCAUAGUGAUGGUUCUCAAACUGUUGCGGAAGAAGAAAUAGCAAUGUACUCUAGCUCUGGCAGUGGGGCCUACCUAUUCAAACCCACAGGGGAUGCUCAAUCCAUUGUAAAAGGAGGUGGGCGGCUGGCAAUGUCAGAGGGCCCAUUGGUGCAGGAAUUUUACUCUUACCCAAAGACAGAAUGGCAGAGAGGCCCAAUCUCACAAAGUACUCGUAUCUAUAAUGGGAAGAGCAUACAAGAAUUUGUCAUAGAGAAAGAAUACCAUGUUGAGCUCCUUGGCCGGGACUUCAAUGACAAGGAGGUGAUAGCCAGAUAUAAGACAGAUGUUAACAGCAAACGAGUUUUCUAUUCUGAUUUAAAUGGCUUUCAGAUGAGCCGGAGGGAGACAUACGACAAAAUCCCUCUGCAAGGAAAUUACUACCCCAUGCCCUCGCUUGCCUUUUUGCAGGGUUCAGAUGGUCGCCGGUUCUCAGUCCAUUCUCGGCAGUCACUAGGUGUUGCAAGCCUUAAAAGUGGUUGGCUGGAAAUUAUGCUGGACAGGCGUUUGCUCCGUGAUGAUGAGCGUGGUCUUGGGCAAGGAGUGGUUGACAACCGCCCGAUGAAUGUGAUCUUCCACAUCUUGAAGGAAUCCAACGUCUCUGCUUCAACUUCCACUUCUACCACAAUGCCUCUCAACCCCUCAAUCCUCUCACACCGUGUUGGGGCCCACUUGAAUUACCCCAUGCACGUAUUCAUUGGCAAGAAACCAGAGGAAAUAUCAGUGCAGUCGCUACCACCAAGGUCCUUCUCUCCGUUAGCAGCUUCCUUGCCAUGCGACUUGCAUAUUGUAAGCUUCAAGGUCCCACAGCCUUUGAGAUAUUCUCAGCUUCCUCCCGGAGAUUCUAGAUUUGUUGUCAUCUUACAGAGGCGACAGUGGGAUACAUCUUACUGCCAUAGGGGCAGUGACAGGCAAUGUUCGACUUUAGCAGAUGAGCCUGUCAAUCUGUUCUACAUCUUCAAGGAUAUUGCGGUUUUGAAUGUGAAACAGACUUCUUUGAAUCUCUUACAUGAUGACAUGGAAAUGCUGGGGUACAUUGAGCAUACUGGAAAUGCUGCACAGGAAGGUCUUCUUAUAUCUCCCAUGGAAUUACAGGCCUACAAACUGGAACUGAGGCCCCCCCAGUGAAUUUGAUGAAAGCUGCACUCGUGCUGCAGUCCUCUUUUCCACAUGGCAUGCAGGUGUCUCCUCCUCAUUGGGUUUCUCUUUUAAUGGAUGAGAUGAGAUCAUUUACUUUCCCAGCAUCCACAGCAAGAGGUAUCUGGUUUCUUCCUUUUUCCCUGCCAAUGGAGGGGGCACACAAUUAUCUUUCGGGCUUGAUGAGAUGACAUGAUCUGCAUUGGGCCACUGGCAACAGAAUAUGAAAUUUUAUACCUUUGCUUUUUUACCAGAAUAUGUUGAAGAUGGAGAGCUCAACCUAUUUGUGUUCGAAAUUAAAGCAUAUGCCAGGUAGUCAACGUAGAUUAACCGGCAGGGUCAUUUUCCGCCAUAUGACAUGCCUUUCUACUCAGUCUUCUCUGGGAACUUUGGUAAUCAUAGAGGCACCCUGACCUGAAAUUCUCUGAGACUUUCCUAGUAAUUAGUUCACUUUUUCCUUGUCAUUUAUGCUUGUUGGAACUUCACAUUGUGAUAAAUGUGACUGUACAGAAGUCUGGUCCUGUAUUAAUGAAAAUGUGAUAGAAAACUAUAAGCUGUUUCUAUGUGAGUA